GAAAUGUUCUGUUAAUGUUUCUAAAGAAUCUGUAUUUUAUAUUAUUUUCUUGUAAGAGAUAUUAUAAUUCAACAUUUUAACUUUGCACUAUAAAGAGAUUUAUGUAAAUAUAAUGAUUGAAUAGUUAUAGUAUCUCCAUUUCCAUUCUGUGUGUAACUUGCACUUCUAUAUCUUUUAUGUGUAUAUGACAUAUUUAUAUAUGUGAAAUAUUAUUAAAUUUGUAAAGAUUAAAUUUUUUUUAUAAAUAUCUUCACAUAUUAUAGAAAGACAUAUUUAGUUUCAAAUCAUUUAAAUCAGAUUAUAGUAGUAAAAUAAUAGUAAAUUGUUACGUUGAAAUCCACACGAAAAACAAUAUAUGAAUUUUUUUAUAAGAAAUAAAAUUAAAUCUUUUAAGUCGAUUACUUGUUUCGUAUAUUAAGUGUCAACCAAGUAAUUCAAAGUCUUCAUCAGAUGUAUCAUAUUGACGUUCUAUAUGUUCAAAAUCUAAAACUAUAAUAAACCAAUAUAUUAAAGUGUCUAAAAAUUAACUUAAGUAAUCAAUUCUAUAUUAACUUACAAUUAGUAGCUCCUAUUGCCUCAGAUACGACAUCUUCAGCCGGUGACCAAUUAACUAAUCUCUCUGAAGAUAAUUCAAAUAAUGGUUGUUUCUCAGGCUCUAAUAAUUCAUCUUGCAUAGUUUUACACAUAGAUUUAAAAUCCUUUUCUGUAGCACAGAAAAAGCACUAUAACAGAAAUAAUAUAUUUCCAAUUAACAUUAUAUCGUAUAUUUUGUUACAUUGCACAAUGAAUUACAUGGUUAUACUUACAAGCGCUACGGAGGGAUCAAUUUCUGUAAUAGAAAUACGACUAGCAGACUUGCAGUGAUAUGUGAGAUCUAUUUCUCUCUCAUUGUCAAUAUUAGCUGAACGCUGUGUCGUAUGUGGAUCCAAAUAAAUCACUUCAUCUCCUAGAAUAUCAUAACUUUGUUUUAUUAUUUAUUACUCAAAAAGACACAACAAUAUUUUGUUAAAAAAAAAAAAAAUAUAUAUAUAUAUAUAUAUUAACGUUAUAUCGUAUACGUACCAACACAGCCAAUAAAAUACAAAGCAAGAUUUGGUUUUCCACCGAUUACUCCUAGAGAUUGUGGUAUCUUGAAUGAAGUCUAAAAAAUGAUAUGCUCAAUUUGAAUAUCUUUCUCUUUCAAAGAUAUAACUUCUUCUUUGGUUGUUCAUGCAAGUAUUACUAUUAUUUUUAUAUUACUUUAAGUCCAUUGAGGUAAACAGGAUUAAUUUCAUUCAAACCAAGACGAAGUGGUAUUAAUAAUAAUAAAGGCUUCCAUUGGCUCGGUGCUUUUAAUGGUUCUUUACCAUCUACUUCAACUGUUGUACCACCUUCCACUCUACAUUGUCUUACUGUAAAUGAUAAAUAAAUGUGAAUUAAAAUAUGAUAAGCUUCAUAUUGCAAUUUACUUACAGAUAUCAUUAACUAUUAAAGCAUUAUCCAAAGCUACAUGUAUCGUAAUAGAGCUCCAUUCAUCGUACACAACCAAUUUUCUAAAACAAUAUAAUGAGAAAAAAAAUCAUAAUUAGUUUAUAUUGUUAAUAUUUUAUCGAUGCGUGAUUAAAAAAAAUGUAUACUUUAAUACUUGUGCAAUGGUAUUUGGACCAAACCAUUGUCCGACUUCUUUUCCUUCUGACGCUCCCAUUAACGCUAUUUGAUGAAUGGAGAAAGGAGCAGCUCUCUUAUCUUCAAAGCGUUUCAAUAUUUCCAGGUACGUCAUAUUUUUUGUUUCUGGUGUCCAACGCCAAUCUCUGCCUAUUAUCAUUGAAUUUUUGAUAAUGUUAAAUUGAUAACAAAAUAUAAUUAAAAUAAUAUCACAUCAUAAAUGUAUUACCUAAAUGUAAAAAGACUAAAGCUUGACCAAGAACCAUUUGUCCGCAUCUUAACAUACAGCCCCAUCCUUUGUCAGUUGUAAAUGUAGAAUUAUAACCACCGAUGGGAAUGAAACCUCUACGGUAACUAAACCAUAACUUGGAUAAGAUAUCUUUACGUAUUGCUUCUAAUUCUGAAAUACAAUGUUAAUCCAUUUAUUGUCAAUGAUUAUACGUAAUUAUCAUAUAUUACAACAUAUAUAUAUAUAUAUACCUGUUAAAGCAUGAUAUUUCUUUCCAAGAAUCCAAACAGGUUGAUCUAUUUGGGGUAUAUCUUCUAAAUCAUCGCAUAUAUUUUGCGUAAAAAGGCUAUCCAUUCUUACAAUGUAACAAGUAUUAACUUGUAACAAGUUAACUUGUGAAAUGCAUUAGUGAAACCUGAUUAAUCGCAAUACAUAGAUUGUAUAAAUGUAAACAAAAGGAAAGUUCUUAAUAUGUCACGAUAAAAUACGUAAAAAUAAUAUUUUAAUGAAAGGAGAGAAAGAAAAAAAAAAAAAAAAAACAGGAAAAACUUACUUUUAGUAGAAAGAAAACAUUGGUCAUGGUACCUCCCAGGACAUUGUAUUCCCAUCAAAAAAUGUGACAAGGACUAACAUGCGAAUUUAUUAAAAUAUUAACAAAGAAAUUAAUGUGAGAGCUCUUUAAGAUUUUUAUACCUUAUCAGAAAAUACGUCUCGGAUGUGUUGCAAACAAAAUAUUCAACUUAAAUGAUGAUUAAGACAAUGAAUAAACGACAUGUAAAAUUAAUGAAAUAAAUCUUAUUAAUAAUUCCUUUAUACUUAUUUCUAUACUAAAUGUAUAUGCACAAUUUCCAAUAUAAUGAAUCAUAAAAUAUCUUCGAGGUGGCUAAGAUGGAAAUCUUCUGUAAAACAUUACGCGUUUUCUAGGUGUAUGCAAUGUACUAUUGAAAUUCUGACGUUUUCCGACAGAUGGUGACGUUCGUCAAUCCUUGCACGUGGUUCGUUGUACCACGUGACCGUAAACUUUUUCAUAUCCCCAAUAAUUGCUCUUGGCGGGUCAUAACGAUCUGUGCUACUAGGAUUUUAUCAACGUAAUUUUUCAUUGGAUACCAUGGAGGAAAAAAAAGCGAGGGAAGAAACAACAACGAAAGAUACAGGGUACGGAACUGUCAAAUACAAGGAUGAAAUCGACGAAUCCUCGUGGAAAUUUUGGAAGAAAAGAAGAUACGUUGUGGCAAUUUUAGCAUUUCUAGGAUUUUUCACUUCUUAUAUACUUCGCGUUAAUUUGAGCGUCGCGAUAGUUGCGAUGACUGAAGAUAAGAUCGACGAGAAUGGAAAAAUUUAUCAGAAAAAAGAAUUCGAUUGGGAUUCGAAAACGAAAGGACUUGUUUUGAGUUCAUUUUUUUAUGGAUAUUUGAGUACCCAAUUAUUAGGUGGAUGGUUGGCUGCUAGAGUUGGAGGUAAAAGAGUAUUUGGUCUUGGUAUUGCAGCAACAGCAUUGUUUACUAUCAUUACGCCUCCUCUUGUUAGAACAAGCGUAUAUAUUUUAAUCGUUUUACGUAUUGUUGAAGGAAUUUGUGAGGGUGUUACAUAUCCUUGCAUACAUGCAAUUUGGGCUAAUUGGGCACCCCCAUUGGAAAGAUCGAAAUUAGCAACCUUGGCAUUUUCUGGUAGCUUUUUAGGAACCGUUUUUGCUAUGCCUAUUUCUGGUAUAAUGGCUGAACAUCUCGGUUGGUCUUCAGUUUUUUACGUAUUUGGAGCAAUAGGGCUUAUUUGGUUCUUUGCCUGGUGGAUCCUAGUCAAAGAUCAUCCUGCAGAUGAUCCUAGAAUAUCUCAAGCUGAAUUGGAAUAUAUUCAAAAUAGUAUCGGUAUUACCGUAAACAAAAUGAAAAUAAAACAUCCGUGGAAAGCUAUGUUGAGUUCUCCACCUGUUUGGGCUAUAGUCGCUGCUCAUUUCAGUGAAAAUUGGGGAUUUUAUACCAUGUUAACCCAACUGCCAACAUUUAUGAAGGACGUGCUCAAAUCCGAAUUGGAAGCAACCGGUUUUAUGUCUGCUCUUCCUUAUUUGGCGAUGACCAUAGUCGUUCAAUGUUCCGGUCAACUGGCUGAUUAUUUGAGAACAAAAAAUCUUUUGACAACGACUCAGGUUCGUAAAAUAUUUAACUGCGGUGCAUUUAUCUUUCAAACGAUCUUUAUGAUCUCUACUGCCUUUAUCUCGACUAAAGUAGGAGCAGUUAUCUGUAUCACCAUAGCGGUUGGCCUUGGUGGCUUUGCUUGGUCUGGCUUUGGAGUCAAUCACUUGGAUAUUGCUCCAAAACAUGCCAGUGUUUUAAUGGGAAUAGGUAAUACAAUUGCAACAUUACCAGGCGUCGUGAGUCCCAUUAUUACUGGAUACGUCGUUCAAAAUAAAAGUGCAACAGAAUGGAGGACAGUAUUUAUUAUUGCUGGUUCAGUGUAUCUCAUAGGUGCUAUAAUUUAUGGUAUUUUUGCAUCCGGCGAAAAACAAAGUUGGGCCGAUGAUACUUCGAAAAAACAAGGCGAAGAAGUAGUUUAUGAUAAUCCAGGAUUAGAAAUAGAUAAUUUAUAAUUAAUAAAUAUUUUAAUGAAAAAAAAAAAUUAAGAUAAAUUAUAAUUAAUAAUGAUUGAAAGAAUCAUUUGGCUGUAAUUAUAUAUCAAACAUAUA